AUGUCUGGACGUGGAAAGAAAAAUGUGGUGGCUGCAAAACCUGCAGUUUUAUCAAGAAAAACAAAGUCAGCGAAGGCUGGUCUGCAAUUCCCAGUGGGUCGUGUCCACCGGCUUCUCAAAAGAGGGAACUAUGCUGAGAGAAUAGGUUCUGGUGCUCCAGUUUACCUGGCGGCCGUGCUGGAAUAUCUGACUGCUGAGAUAUUGGAACUGUCAGGAAAUGCUGCCCGUGAAAACAAGAAAAGCAGGAUUGGGCCACGACACAUCCAGCUGGCCGUGAGGAAUGACGAAGAGCUGAACAAGCUGUUUGCCGAUGUGACUAUUGCUGAAGGAGGAGUUAUGCCCAACAUCCUUUCCCAGCUUCUUCCCAAGAAAACUCUUAAAGAUCCUUUACCAAGAGGGGAUGCUACUGCUUCCCAGGAAGAAGCCAGUAACCACUGA